UCUCCACUCGGAUGGAUGCCGCCGAGGCAGCUCAGACUCGGUGCACCAGGCACCAGCUUCCUGAUCUUGCCCCUCGAACCUCCUCAACUCCUCGUCCCAGUCUGCUCCCCCCUAUGCCUGCUGCAGCCACCUCCCCUCCCCGCUGUUCCUCAGACGUGGCAAGUCAUUGGAGUCCUGGAUGAUUGCUUGUGUGAUAUUGAGAGCAUCGAUAACUUUAACACGUACAAAAUCUUCCCCAAAAUAAAAAAGUUGCAAGAGCGAGACUACUUCCGUUAUUACAAGGUCAACCUGAAGCGGCCGUGCCCAUUCUGGGCGGAAGACGGCCAUUGCUCCAUAAAGGACUGCCACGUGGAGCCGUGUCCAGAGAGUAAAAUUCCCGUCGGAAUUAAAGCUGGGAUUUCGAACAAGUACUUGAAAGUGGCCAACAAUACCAAAGAAUUCGAGGACUGUGAGCAAGCUAGCAAACUGGGAGCAAUUAACAGCACAUUGAGCAAUCAGAGCAAAGAGGCUUUCAUUGACUGGGCGAGAUACGAUGACUCACAGGAUCACUUUUGUGAACUUGACGACGAAAGGUCCCCAGCGGCCCAGUACGUGGACCUGGUGUGGAACAGCAUCUAUGAAGAGAACUGCUUCAAGCCUCGGUCUGUUUAUCGUCCUUUAAACCCGCUGGCACCCAGCCGAGGAGAAGAUGAUGGAGAAUCAUUCUACACGUGGCUAGAAGGUUUAUGUCUGGAGAAAAGAGUCUUCUAUAAGCUCAUAUCGGGACUUCAUGCCAGCAUCAAUUUACAUCUGUGUGCGAAUUAUCUUUUGGAAGAAACCUGGGGUAAGCCCAGCUGGGGACCUAACAUCAAAGAAUUCAAACGCCGCUUUGACCCCGUGGAAACCAAGGGAGAAGGCCCGAGGCGGCUGAAGAACCUGUACUUCCUGUACCUCAUUGAGCUGCGGGCCUUGUCCAAGGUGGCCCCGUACUUCGAGCGCUCGGUGGUCGAUCUGUACACUGGCAACGUGGACGAUGACGCCGACACCAAGACCCUCCUCCUGAACAUCUUCCAAGACACAAAGUCCUUUCCCAUGCACUUUGACGAGAAAUCCAUGUUCUCCGGGGACAAGAAGGGGGCCAAAUCUCUAAAGGAGGAAUUCCGGCUGCAUUUCAAGAACAUCUCUCGCAUAAUGGACUGCGUUGGGUGUGACAAGUGCAGGCUGUGGGGGAAGCUGCAGACUCAGGGUUUAGGAACUGCCCUGAAGAUACUGUUCUCUGAGAAAGAAAUCCAGAAGCUUCCGGAGAACAGCCCAUCGAAAGGCUUCCAGCUCACUCGGCAGGAAAUAGUUGCUCUUCUCAAUGCUUUUGGGAGGCUUUCUACCAGCAUCAGAGAAUUACAGAAUUUUAAAGCCUUAUUGCAACACAGGAGGUAAUGAAGGCUUUUCUAUGUCUGGUUAGACAUAAAGUGACUGUGAGGACUUUUCCUCUUGGACAUUCAGCAGAAGGAGACUACCCUUCCGGGACUUCAGGAAUCUGAGCUCUUAAGGAGAAAUGCAAAUGUUCACUUGAAUAUUUAUGACUCUGAAUAGACUGUCAAUUAGAGGUAUUUAUAAAGGAAGUAUAUACUUUUAAAACAUGUAAGUUAUGCUAAUUCCGUGUUUAAUUUCGUUGCCCUCUGUUGACUGUUCUGCUAUGCUGUUCGGUUGGAAUCGGUUCUGUUCCUACUCUGUUAUGCUUCAUUUCCAGUUGUCAGACCUAAACGACUGUUUCCUUCCUGGUAACACUGUGAACUGUCUGUGCUGGGAAGGCGAGGCCGGGAGCGUGAGGGCUGGUCUCGGGUGGGGCUGGCUGGGGACCGCAGUGCCUGGCCGGCCUCGCUCUGUCACCUCCUAGCCUGCGGGAGCGCCCGGGUGAUGGGUGGCCUUGUACGUGUCUGGUUUCAGAAGUUCCUGAGAGUCCCCAGGACUUCUGCUCCCACUUCAUUGGUUUGUGUCUGAGUUUGUAGUUGCUGUUGUAGGUUCGCUCGGUCUGAAGGCCCAGUUUCGGUGAAGGUAAGUGCCGCCGCCCGCCAGGCCAGGUCCCGAGUGAGGGCGGGCCCGGGCGUCUGUACUCAGAACCCAGACACCUGUUUCUUUGAUUUUGUGUUUCUUUGUUUCUUCUCCAAUUUUAGAAAUGUUCAUUUACUAAAAAAAAACAAAACAAAACAAAACACAAAAAUUGCAUAAAUAUUUAGCAGUUUCCAUCUUGGUAAAAUUUGCGUGGGAGUUCAUGGAUUUAUAAUGCCAAUUUAAAACAUGAUGUGCACAAAGCUUACUAUUUUCCAUUCAGGGAAGCAUUUUUAGGGGUUUUACUUUAGAGCACAAUCUAUGCAAUCCUCAGUCUGGUUUCCUCGGGCGGGAGGUUUAAGCAGGUGGGUCAGCCUCUCCCCUCUCCUCGCUCUAGUUCAUGGCAUGUAAGCCGCCCUUCGGGGCAUCUGUGCCAACAGGUGACUCAUUGGCCCCAAGCAGUCACUUCUAAGCCCGGGAUCCAAAUACCCUUAACAUUGGAAAUGCGGAUCCUUUUAAAAGGUGUUAGGAGAUAGAAUGUGGGAAGGUGGCGCCUGUGUGGGGGAAGGAGGGGACCAGUAGGUCUCCUUGGCCUCUUGAGCCUUGUGUGACCCUUAACGCCCAUGGCUGCUGGGCCCGUCGGAGCCGUGGCCGCUGGGCUAGUGGCACGUUUUACAGCCAUUGGGUUGGCUCCCCGUCUUUUAAAAAGACUUAGUCACCCUUGCAGGGAGGGGUGUGGUUGGAGGAAGGGCUCACUGGCUAAUUCUCUCCUGACCCGAUUCCUAAUGGCUGUGGAGCUGGGCUUUGUUGGCGAUGGUGAUGUUUUUGUUCAGUCGAAUGAACAGGCUGGCUGGGAGCCGCCUCCACUUUUCCUUCAUUUCAGGGGUGAAGUGUCGUGUGGGGGCGAGGGGACCUUGGGGUAAACAGGUUUAAAAGUGGUAAUAUUGCAGGUCAGUUGUAUCGCGGAGAAUUACUCCCAGUGCUCAUUCGGAGCUUAAGAAAAUGUGAAAGCUUGCACUUGGUUUAUGUUUCCUGUGAGCUUAAAAAUCGUUUUGGUGGCGUGACUUCCUCGUUCCCUCAGCUGAAGACAAAGCCUAUUAUUUAAACUCGAUUUCCUGCAAAAUCCUUGGUCAUUUCCAUGUAUUGCUUUUUCUCUGUGUUAGGCAACAAUUGUACGUUAGAGUGAGUUCUAGGCGAUUCAGGUCUGGUUGGGGUAAAAGCUCUUUUCAAAGUUUAAACCGAUGUUUUUUCACUGCCGAGAAAAAUAAACAAAUGAAGUCUAUUUAAGCUGAAAUUCAUUUGCUUCACUUAUUUUACCAGAUUGUGGGGGCAGCCUGCAUCUUUGUGUCUGUGUCUCUUAAGCGGCUCAUGUGCUGGAAGAAUCUGUGCUGUGAGCCUGCUGCUUGGUGGUCAUGUGAUGUAAGCUGCUUUUCCAGGUCACGUGCCUUUGCUGGGAAGUGAUACAGGACACUGACUGCUUUGUAAACACUUGGCUGGUGGCACCUCUUGGCGUUGUGUCUUUAUCUCGUCACCUGGUCGGGAACCUCGCACUGGGUACUGUAACGACGGACAUGAUGGUCCAGCUGAUGAAGCCAGAAGAUGCAGACGAGGCAGCGACCCCCCCUCCAGGGGCCCGGCCUGUUUUCUUAGUGCCAUCGAUGUGAGUGAGAAACGCUCGCUAUUGAAAUGGGUCCAGUUUGCCUGUUGCUCCUGUGGUGAUUCCCAGCCUCCGAGGAGGUCAGACAGACGAGUAGCGGUUUUCAGGUUUGACACCUGCCGACUAGCACCUCUUGACGUGUUCACGUGAGAGUGCGCUCUCUUCUAGGGAGUAUCUGCAGGAACAAAUUGCAAAUCCUGUGCUGUUGUACCCACUGUGUAGUAGGCGUGCAAAUUAAAGCAAAUGUUUCUGCCA